CUAUUUUUUUUUUCUUUUAAUGGAAGAUAUUUUUUAUUCAUAUAUUAUCAUCCCUGGUAUACUUUCCGGUAAGAUCAACGGUCACAAAACCACCGCAUAAAUUUAUCUCCGAUGUUCUCCCAAACAAUUUCUUCGCCAAACCCAUCUUUUGCCGGACCCUUUCGUGAAAAUUCAUGUAGUACUAACCACAACCCUCUUGCAAGAUUUCAAACCCCACGUCCGAUUUCUUUCAAAAGAAACAGAUUUCACUCAAUAAAUUCUGCAAAUCAAGAUAACGAAACCCUUAUUUCUCAAGAUAAAGAAGAUAACAAUGGCGGCGGCCCAUCAACUAGUUUCCUUUCUCUCCUCUGCCCCUUGCUUAAACUCUUCUCCGCUACCGAUCCCUCUGCAGAGCGGAACUAUCUACUCGAGGAGACCACAUCUUCAUUAUCUACUUUAGCAAGAUUCCCAUGGGGUUCUAAAUCGCGAUCCGAUGGUUUAAACGGUCAACAGAAAGUUAACCCUCCUCUGUAUCUGCAACUUUUCGAAUUCGAGGCGUGCCCUUUUUGCAGGAGGGUUCGUGAGGCUAUAACCGAGCUUGAUCUGUCUGUAGAGGUGUUUCCGUGUCCAAAAGGGUCAUUAAGACAUAGGGCAUUGGUUAAAGAACUUGGUGGCAGAGAACAGUUUCCUUUCCUAGUGGACCCCAAUACCGGAACUUCAAUGUAUGAAAGCAGUGACAUAGUAAAAUACUUAUUUGAGCAAUAUGGUGGAAAAAGGAGUCCGUCAUUUGGAAUAUUGGAGAGUACAUUGGUCACGGGAUGGAUGCCAACACUACUUCGAGCAGGCAGAGGAAUGACACUUUGGAAAAACUCCAUUAAAGAAGGACCUCCUCGCAAAUUGGAGCUUUUCUCCUAUGAAAACAAUCCUUAUGCUCGAAUUGUUCGUGAGGCCCUUUGCGAAUUGGAGCUUCCUUAUAUACUUCAGAGUGUUGGUCAAGGGUCAAAACGGGCAAAGUUGCUCUAUGAGAUGUCCGGGUCAAAAGAGGUGCCUUACCUUGUGGAUCAUAACACGGGUGUCGAGAUUGGAGACUACAAGAAAAUCGUACCGUAUUUGUUUCAGACAUACAAACACUCUGGACAAGAGUUUGAGAAUGAGAAUUAGGAAGAAAUUGGGACACUAUUUCGAGAUGUUGCACUUUAAUGACAAGUGCGUUUUUCACCUCUCGUCGAUUCUUAGAACAAAAAUUAAAUUUCAAUAUAUACACAUUAUUCGUAAGUUAUCUAUAUGUAUAUAUAUGGCAAAUUACGGCCACCUCCUGAUGUAAGCUCAAAUUACGGAAAAAACCUCCUCCGUUUGGAUAAUUACAACCACCCCUCUCAACUAUGUAUUGUCCCGUUUGGAUAAUUACUAAAGAACCCCUCCUUUAGUAGGUAAAUUUGAAACCGUAAGGAUAGACAGUUGAGGGGGUGGUUGUAGUUAUCCAAACCGGAAGGGUUUUUUUGUAUUUUGGACUUACAUUCAGGGGUAGUCGUAAUUUGUCCUGUUUAUAUAUAGUGAAAAGCAUACGUUGAGAUUUUUGAAUCGAAAUUUAAGUAGCGGAACACAAUCGUGAUGAUGAAGUCCUUAUUUUUGGUAGAAAUUCGUACAUGAUCAAGUUUUGAAUCGAA